GACACUGCCUUAUGGUCGGCAACGCGCAUGUAACUCCUCUGGAGUUGCAGGCGUACAUAGGCUACGGAGACUGCUUACCAUCAGGCGGGCCGUAUGCUUGUUUGCCACCGAUGUUGUAUUGAAAAAAAAACUUCUAGGAAUUUACAUAUGACGUUUACUUAACACUUGCACAGGCUGGGCUAUCCAAAUCGCUGCCAAUUUAUCUUGGUUGGACACUAUUUAAAUUUGUAGGUACCUUAAUUUUUUUGUGCUAGGAAUGGGGUUGGCAACUGUCAAAGGUUUGCAUAGAUGGCGCCAUCAUAGCUUGCCCCUGUCUCUAGUUUUGUUCUAUGAGAUUUGGCUUAAAGUACUGGAAUCCAGGUCACAAAAUUCCAAAAAAAAACAAGAAUUUGACACAAUUCUAGGGAUUGACAGGGCAAGCUAUGAUGGCGCCAUCUGUUUAAUACUUCGUUUUAUACCCUUUCUACUAAGAAUCACAAGCUUUUUCCAUUUUUACUGAGAAUAAAAUGUCCCAUAUUAGAAAAAGGCGGCAUAUUUAAAUAAUUUAGGUGCGAAGCGUUGUCUUCCCAUAGAAAAUUUGAAUUAUUUUACUGACAAAGUGGAUUUUCCAGAGUAUAUUUUUUUCAUUUUGCAUGAAAUAAUUUCUGUGCUGGCCCUAGCAGACCUAUUCUGACAGGGCACCUUCUUUUAAGCUUAUGGUGAUUUCUGAAUGCACCCUUUUUGAGAUUGACAUUGACAUUCAUGUUUAUGACAUAAUUGACAUAUAGGAUACACAGGUGAACCGGGAAUUAAGCAUUUCAAUUUUCAAGUUGUUUAGCUUUUAAACUAAACUUGCUUUUUAUUUUAGAUAGAGGAUUAGAGAUUUUGAUCACACAUGAGGUUGUCGAAAUGUCUCUUGAAAAUUCUUUACAAGAAAUAGGUGCCGGGCUUAUUUCCACUCGAGCAAAUGAGAGGAAAAAAAAUGCGGAGUCCUUGAAAAACUUUCUUACCGGGAAUGCAGUUCCUGCCCUUCUUAGCAGUAAUACAAUAAAGAAAAAGGGAUAUAACUGGAAUAAUGUAUUCGAUGACGUCCACGAGUACAUCUUGAAGGAAUUGGAGAAAUAUGAGACUUCAAAAACUUUCUUCAAUGUCACAGCACCUCUUUGCACAUCCUUAUUGCACUUGUGCUUGGCUGGAUCCAAUAAAGGCCAAGCAUACAUCAGCUGUGAGAAAGUAAUGGAAGCAUGUUUGUUUGUGUUGAAAGACAAACGCAUGGCAACUGCCAUUGGAGAUGCCUACUUACAGUUGCUGUAUAAACAUGUAUUGCCAUAUGAACAUUAUGUGAGUUUUAUUACACCUGCAACAUGGGAAGAUUUGCUGGAAAUAAGCGUCAAGUCAUCUUUCACAAACCACACGCAACUAGACAGUUACACAUUGCUGCGACUGAUAUGCAGUGUCGUCAAAAAGGCAGCUAGCUGUACCCAAUUCGUUGUGCCAUUGAGAGACGCUCUGCCGCUACUGAAGAAAUGCUUUCAUAGAAUAGAGAGUGAUAAAAAAAAUCAAGAAUCUGUGACGGAGAUAACAACUAUACUUUUAGAAAAGCUUUCAUCUGAGGGCCGACUGGCUAUGUGUGAAUUUACAGAGAGCACACUACCCUUACUCUUAAAAUAUUAUGAUCAAAAUGCAGAUCAAAAGAAGAAGGCUUCUGUCUUCAAAGUUUUACACCUCAUAGUACAUCUACAUCACCCUGAAGGGAAACAGCAAGGAGAGAAUGGAAGUCUUGCUUAUAAUUGGAACAUUUGGAACAAAUAUUUGAACAGUAUCAUGGAGAUCACUUGCUUGGAAGCGAAUUAUUUGCAAAAAUUAAGAAAGCACAAUGACUCAACUCAAUAUUACGAGUACUAUUACACGUUGGCCGCAUCAGUAUAUUUUCAGAUUUUGAAUAUGCCAUCACAAUCCGCUGAUGAAACAAUAAACUCCUCAAAGAGACAGAGAAUUUCACUUAAUAACUACAAAUGCUUCUCUGAUCUGAUAGAUGAGCUACGAACGAAUCAUAUGCCAUGGCUUGGAAUUAUAUGCUCCUACAUACAAGAUUUUGGCGCACAUGUAACAGCACCGGAAUAUGUGGUUUUACUUGGUGUUGCAGAAUCUCUAGUCUCAAACAAUAAUAUGCUGAACAAUUGGAAUAUAUUUGAACAAUUUGCUUCUUUAAUUUUGAAGAAUAUAGUUGACAUGCCAGGUAACAACGAGAUAUUGUCGACCGAGCCUUUGGUGGCGUUGUGGAACUCUUGUGUCAGGAACUCCUCAUCUGUUAACGAUGCUCAUAAAGCGAUACAUACUAUUAUGCAAACAUUGCUUGAAAUGUACAACUUUGAAUUUCAAACUGUGCAGCCAUUAUUGAAAUUGUAUUUUGAAAAAGGCAUGCCGGUCACGGAUGCUAGCAUAAAAACAUUAUGUUGUGUUCAUCACAAAUAUUAUAGCAAGUGCAGUAACGAGCAAGACAGGAAAAGAUGCCUCGCUUGGCUUUUUCAAGGAAAUAUAAGCUCUUUAGAAGUAAAACGCGUAAGACAUUUCUUCCUACGCAUUAUUGCAAACGAAAAUUUCAGUUUUAAAGAAAGGAUGCCUAAAAAACAUAAGGAUCCUUUAUAUGAAAUACUAUUCAAUUCACUGAAAGAUACACUGUUUAGUAUAGGAGAUCUUGAUAUUACCAAAGAAAAAAAAACUUCCACAAAUGUUCUCCAAUCUAUGGAAAUUAACAAUGAAAUAGCUGGAUUGGCACAAGAAUAUUUACAGGGAGAAAUAACUAGUCUUAUCGAAAAGUUGAAUCGACGAGAGAUUGGCCCAUUUGAAUUUAUCCAGUAUGCGCGGGUAGUUAUCGCAUACAUUGAUAUUACUUUGCAAAUUAGCCCUGUUAUACAGUCUCACAUUGAAGAAAGCCAAUUGUAUAUUUGUUUGAAAACUGGUUUAAAAACCAUGUCUCGGGGCUUGGCUAAAAUGCUUAAAGAGAGCAAAGACGCCAGAGAUGAAAUAAAUAUGUUGCAAUGUAUGCAGAAUGUCUGGCUUGCAGACUAUCAUCCAAUAGUUGACUGUUUAGUUCGCUCGUGCGCCGAUCACGAGUUUUUCGCGAGCAUAAAUGAAAUACUGAGCGUACAACAACCAAAACAUGAAGACGAAUACGAAAAUGACUCUGAUUAUAAUCCUAACGCUACAAAACACAAUUGCAUCUGGUUGCUAGCAGCAUAUUGUAGAAAGAGUUCUGAAUAUAGAGAUGAUAUUUUUGAGCUUAUAUUAGACCCGGCGUUGUAUGAGCUUACGUCUUCUUGGGACGUCAAAUGUGCCUUCCAGUGCGUAAGAAUACUGAUUGAUGAAAGCGUGGAACAAUGUCCCUUCGCCUCCGUAUUCUCUCUUCUGAGCAAUAUGUGUAGAGCGUUAUUUAGAAAUUCAGAAGCAACUGAGACUAUACUCCACAUCUUAUUAGACAUACUGGAUCGCGUUUGGACGCUAGACAACAAUAUGAAACAAAACUGCUUUAUUAUGGUCAAGGGGUACUUACAACGCUGCGAAAAGUUGUACUACCCUCCUCACGUUGCCGCUCUGAUCUUUAAAUGCGUCGCCAGAAUGGCUGAAUUGAACAAAAACAAUAAUAACGACAUGGGUAACGUCUUCCGAGAUGCCUUAAUGAACCAAAUGAAAGGCAUCACACACAGCUUACGUUUGUACACUUGCUAUCUGCUAGACGUGAUUACAAAUAACCUUACAGACACUGAUAUAGAAGCUUAUUUUACUGGCCUAUUGGAGAUAUUUGUUAUAAAUGUAUGUUUUUUUUUUAAAUAUAAUUAUUGUGUACGUUUUAUAAAACAUUUUGUAACUUAUUAUGAGUUUCAGGUAUCUGAUACAAAUGAACAGAUAAUAAAAGAUGAAUCAACAAAUCGGACUUUAACAGUUCUUCAUAAUUUCCUCGCUCUAGCGCAAGCAAAACACUCAUCAAUUCAUAGAGUGAUUACUGGUCUUCUAUUAAUAAAGACAGAGAAAUUGUUGGACACAUCAUUAGUAAAGACAUUUUUAAGUAAAAUCACGAAAUCGGUGACGUGCGGAGACAUUGAUGCCUACCUCGACGACAACAUACUGUCUGUCAUUCAUUUCUGGACAUCGAAAAACAAAAAGAUUGAAGAAUUGCCGUUCGAAGUGUUAGGAUUUCAAAAUGUUGACAGUUUUCUGGAAAAACACAUGAAAUGGGUAAUAGCAGCAGAUAUUUUAUGGAACAAUGAAGGCGAUGUGAUUAAAAGUCACUUUUUAAAUAAGAUGAAACAGAAAUUACGCAAAAGUGAAAAAAGUAUUAUAGAGAUGUGUUUCCCUAACAUCAUAGUAUUAUGCUUACCAUACAUUGUGACGGAAAAAUAUAGUCUCAAUUUCUCGGGACCCGACCAAUACGCCUUCCUUCAAUCUACGAAGCACGCCAACAAAAUGUUCAAAACAACGCAACACAUACUGGAUAAUGACAAAUGGAGCUACUUGUUUGUGGAGACUAUGCCUGAGUUAUUACUGAUGGGUGCGAUGCAUUUGCGCGACCAGGAGGGUACUGAAAAGCUGUUUGGGGUGAAUGUGGCAGCAAAUGCGGAGUCUUAUUUGUAUCCGAAGGCCGUGUUUAGUUCGAUACUGAGAUACUUUGGAGAAUUGACUGACGGAAAUAUAAUGCAGUACCUAUGUUCAGAACAAGCCACCACGAUUUUCGACAUACUGCUCAAAUUAUGGGAAAAUGUUCUCCAAACGAAAAUUUUCGAAUUCCGAGUACAGUCGUUCUACACGUUCAUUACGUUCGUCGAGUGUAUUCCUCUAGGGUUCGAUUCAGAUGCGUUCGUGGCUAACUUUACAUGCAAUCAUCUCACUCACGCAAUCAAAUCAUCCACAAACAAAAACGAAUUGCGCGUAUUGAUAAAAUCGCUAAAGAUUGUCCUAACGAGACUUUUGCCGCAAUCUGCUGAUCUGAUCCGGAAACCGAUGCUAAAGGCUUUAUCAGUAUUGCUAAUCAAAAAAGAAGAAGGUUUUGACAAAGAAUGUGACGGACUGUUAAAAUACUUAGCUGAUGAUAUGAAAGAUAAUCUGAGACAGAAUGAAGACGUAAUUGAUUUCAGCAACGCGUCUCACGGGGUGGUGUUAUCUUGCGCUUCUAGGGUGGAGUUCUCCGAGAGACUCAAAGCGUACAGUUUUACUCUUACUUGCCCGAGCCAUGAAGCUUUAAGCAAUCUACGGCAGUUCGUCAAGUUGAACAAACACCACGUCAACAAUUUGUGCGAGGAAUUAAAUACGAAGCAUUUUUCUGAAGAAUGCUCAACGAGCGUCAUACAUCAAGUCAUUUACGCUCUCACCAACAUUAUGAAAUCUUCAUCUGAUGACAAGAUAAUAAUCGAAGCCUGCAACUGUUUGGCAGAUAUCGGCACGUAUGAUUUAAAAACCAUCGUCACCGUGCCCCCACCAGACACGAAGCGGGUGAUACAUUUACCCCCGAAACAGAGCUUCGCUUUUGCCGUCGUGGCGAUCCUUUCCGAGGUUCUCUGUGAUGAGAAUCCAGCAGCUAUUAACAGGGCAGUAGGAGCGUUGAGUGAUUUAUUUAAAUACCGCGAAGGAAAGGAUGCCUUAGAAUUGGGGGACGCAAAUGUCCAACUACUGAAGCCUUUCUUGUCGCCUAAUAGCGAUAGCGACAACGCAGUGUACAAACUUAGCAGCCGUAAGUUAGAAAACUGCUCGGACGAAGGGUUUUGGGUUCCCAGAGAUAAAGAAGAUCAUAUUCAGUGGCUGGAGCGGAUAACUAUUGCGUUACUUGACGUUCUAGUAUCGGAUACGAAUUAUUUAAAAACUCUGAAAGAUGUAUGCAAAAUUAAGCCAACAAUUUGCCAGCAUAUUCUCCCAGGUUUGGUCGGGUUACUUCUCUACUCAUCACCCGAAUCACACAUACAGAUCUUCAGCGAACAAAUAAACAAUUUCUUCAAAUUCAUCUGGAACAUGAACUUCGACGACGAACUCGAAAACAGCAGUGAGCGCUGUAACCGCAGCUUAAAUGUGAUUGGCCAUGAUCGCAAAAUGAUUAUUCGGUAUAUGAUUGAUAUUGUUAAUUUUGUACGACUGCAGAGGACUCAUUAUAAGUCUCGCCCUGACCGUACCCCAGUGGACGCACUGAACUACUUAAGGCUUGACUACGACAAGGUGGCCUGGGCGGCCUCCGUGGCCGACCAGAACUUGGUGGCGAUAUAUUACGGCGAGCUUUGGGCCGUCGCCCAGAACGACGGCGUUCCUCCGCCUUCGCCUGAACGCACUACCAAUCUGGACGGUGGUGAAAAUAUUCAAAGAAUUUUUAGAAAGUGUUUUGUAUCUAUCGGCGAAAUGGACGCCGUCGAUGGCUGCGGCACAGCGCAUCUGACAAGCGAGGAGGAAAAGCGCAACCACCUCAUCAACACGGGCCAAUACUCGGACGCUCUGCUGUCCCACGACAUUGCGUUAUCUGGCAGUCCUUCAACGGACCUGCAGUUAGGCGUUGUGAGGUCGCUGUACAAGUCUGGCCUGCACCAUUUGGCCCUGCAGUACAUCAAGUCGCUACCGGAGAAUGAUCAGCUUAACGAUGUCAAGUACGAUUGCUUUACCUGUCUUGGAGAUUGGAACCAUUUCGUCGAUACAAAAGAUUUGGAAGAGAAGUCCAAGACUUCAAUGAAAACUCCUCUAUCGCUUAUAAAAGCGCUGCGCUACUCCUGUCUCAAAGACUGCUUAAACGUGCAAGCAGAACAGAACUUGGGCUCUAAGCUUACUUUACCCCUGGACAGAGCAAAGCUGGCUGUUUCCAAAUGGUGCCAGAACUUCAAUAUGGAAAACUGUCAGAACGUGUACAGAGUUGUAGCCAAUUUGCAACUGUUUAAUGAUAUUGAGGAAUACUUUUUAGUGAGAAGUAACAAACUAACGAUAAAUAGUUUAUUGAGUAACUGGAAAAUCGAGAAACUGCCUUCGUUUCAUGAUUUUAAGCAUCUGGAAUCAUUGAUAUCGCAAAGGAGUCUGAUUCUCGAACAUGCUGGGAAAAAUUACAAUACAUUUUUGAAGGAUAUUGUAUCGCUCCAGCUGCAGUACGUCGAAUUGGGAUUAUCUAAUGGAAGACUUCAAAUGGCUCAACGUCUGUUGUCUGUUGCUAAGAAUUUGCAAAAUAGUGACGCCGUGUCUUUAGUGGAGAGUCGCGUGUCUUGGGCUAAAGGCCACAGGGAAAUCGCGCUUUCUCUUAUUCGCAUGAUGGGUGACCGUACUGAUGAUAUUGAACUGAAUGCUGCGUCGUUAAGACAAUAUGGAAUGUGGAUGGCAGAAUCGAAAUUUGAUAAUCCCAGAGAUAUAAUAAACAAAUUUCUGAAGAAAAGUCUCGAUGUAUUGGCUGGAAGCGACCACAGACAAACAAGACUAAAAGUUUACCAUGAUAUAGCAAAAUUCGCAGACUCCGAAUAUAAACAGGUGGUUUCAUAUAUGAAUUCUUCAAUUUUUGAACACAAAUUAAAAUGUAUGGAAAGUAUGAAAGAUGCGGCAGAUUCCCUGAGAACUACAUCAACACAGCAGCAAUUGACUAGGGAUGAAAAGAAAUAUCUGGCGACUACGAGAGGAUUGAGUAACUUGGACGAGGCCGAUAUUGCAAAUACAAAAGCAGAAAAGCAAAGAUAUUUACAAUUGGCUAUGAGGUACUAUCUGCUAUCUCUAAAGUACAGCGAAGAUAACAACCUAUCGGUGUUCCGCGUCAUCUCCCUAUGGCUAGCCAACCCGAGCCUAGAACUAGACGCAGAAGGCGACAGUUUCGAGGAGUUGUUACGCGCGCUGCCCUCACGCAAGUUCCUUGCGGCGCUUCCACAACUAGCGCCUCGCCUUGCACAGGAGACCGGCGCGUUUGCUGAAAAUUUGAACAAUAUUUUGAAACGUUGCGCGAAAGAACACCCGCACCACACUCUCCCCAUCCUCUUCAGUCUCAAGAACUCUGACAAAGACAUGCGCAUCCUAAACGCAAGUCGGCACGCGGCAGGCGACGCACUAACAACAACGCAAGAACCUCCUGAGCCUCGCGUUGGAGCGGCCGAGGCGUUAGUAGCGGCGAUGGCGGCAGAAAGUUCGGCCCUAGCUAAAAUUAUAGCACAAAUGGAACUUAUGUGCGAUGCUACAAUAAGCUUCGCAAACUACAAAACGAAGGAGAAAACUCAAAAACAAAAGAUACCAUCCGCUGAACUGAUACACAGACUAGGUAGGCUGGACGCAUUGCCUGUUCCGAUAGACACGAUACCCGUGAGGCAUGAUUGUAACUAUUCGUAUCUACCAACUAUCGAUUCGUUUGAGAAUAGUUUUGAAUUAGUUGGUGGAAUUAACUGUCCAAAGAAAAUCAUCUGUAGGAGUUCAGAUGGAAGGAGAAGGAUUGUGUUAGUGAAGGGAGAGGAUGAUCUAAGGCAGGACGCCGUCAUGCAACAAGUGUUCAACAUUGUAAAUACAUUGUUGGAAAGGAACUCUGUGACUAGCCGAAACAAGCUUCUUAUACGAACAUACAAGGUGGUGCCGAUGUCUCGCCAGUCGGGAGUGCUGGAAUGGUGCGAAGGGACCCUGCCCCUGGGUGCAUACUUAACUGGAACAACGGGUGCUCACGCGCGUUAUCGACCGAAGGAUAUCUCAUGCACCGCUGCUCGUGCCAAAUUCACCACUAUUCAGAAUGGCAGAAGGACGUUGUCAGAGAAGUUGUCAAUUUUUAUGAGCAUACUAAAGAAUUUCAAACCAGUUUUCCACAACUUCUUUACUGAACAGUAUCUAGAUCCUGUGACUUGGUAUGAACGGCGCCUGGCUUACACCAAAAGUGUUGCGACAUCGUCGAUGAUGGGCUAUAUAUUAGGUUUGGGAGACAGGCAUGUUCAAAAUAUUCUUAUUGACAAGAAUACUGCUGAAGUGGUGCACAUCGAUUUCGGAAUCGCAUUCGACCAAGGGAAAGCUCUUCCAACGCCCGAAACGAUACCGUUCCGUUUGACGCAGGACAUGAUUGCUGGGUUUGGAUCCAGUGGAGUGGAAGGCAUCUUUAGAAAGUCCUGUGAAAAAACAAUGCAACUGUUGCGCGACAAUCAUGAAACUUUAUUGACAAUAUUAGAGGUUCUGCUUUGUGAUCCGUUGUACGCGUGGACUACGAAGAAGUUCCGAUCGACGCAGAAAGAUGCAAAUGUGGCGCGUCCAAUGGGCCCAGUGGCGGACCUGGCGGAGCGGGCGCUGCUGGCCGUGGGCAGCAAGCUGCACGGCACCGAGGGCGGCGCGGCCGGCGGCGUGGCGGUGCCCGGGCAGGUCGCGCGGCUCGUCCGCUGCGCCACCGACCCCGCCAACCUGUGCCGCCUCUACCACGGCUGGCAGCCUUACUUGUGAUUGUUCUAACUUGCUGAAUAUAGACUGACUUGAUCGUUGAUUAGAUUGGAGGCGAUAACAAUAAUAAAUCCCUAUGUGAAGCUAAGCUACCGUUCGAGCUUACUUGUGAUUGUUAAGUGUUAAUUAUUAUAAUGAUAAUGACUUGUGAUACAUAAGCAUUCGUUUUUAUUUCAAUAGACUCCACCAAUGUUUAGUUUUAAUUGAGAUACAAUUAUUGUGUGAUUUUUAUUGUGAAAUAAUUAUAUUCUUUUUAAAGAUGCUAGGUAUAUUAGGGCCAAUGUCGGCUAUUAUUUGGAUGAAUACCGAAUAUCUGAACAUACCUAAAAUGAAAAAUACAAUAAAAAUAACCAAUAACCACUAUAUUUAAUAUGUACCUGUUCUUGGAAAGUUGUUAAAUACGAAUACCCGUUUUUUGAGCAUUUGUAGUUUACAAAUAUUUUUAUUUU